UGCUUUUCUUUGUGUGUGUGUGUGUGAGAGAGAGAUAUAGAGAGAGAAAGAGGAGAGAGAGAGAGAGGGAAAAUGGGGAGAGGAAGAGUAACGUUGAAGAGGAUAGAAAAUAAGAUAAACCGGCAGGUUACCUUCUCCAAACGGAGAUCAGGAUUGUUGAAGAAAUCUCAUGAGAUCUCCGUCCUCUGUGACGCCGAAGUCGGUCUUAUCGUCUUCUCUACCAAAGGAAAGCUCUGCGAAUAUGCUUCUAAUUCCUCAAUGGAAAGGAUACUUGAGAGAUACGAAAGAUACUCGCAUGCAGGGACGCAACAUACUUCAACAAACAUCGAAUCGCAAGGAAUCUCGACUAUGGGUUAUGCCAACCUUAAAGCUAGAAUUGAGCUUUUGCAGAAAAGAGAAAGGCAUUUAAUGGGAGAAGAACUUGAUUCUCUAAGUCUCAAAGAGAUUCAUAAUCUAGAGCAACAAAUUGAUACAAGUCUUAAACACAUUAGGCUAAGAAAGAAUCAGCUAAUGCUUGAAUCAAUUUCUGAGCUCCAAAAUAAGGUCAAAAAGAAGGAGAAAGAAGCAACCCAACAUGAGUUAGAACGACAGACCCAUGAGAUGAUGCCUUCAAUUCAUGUUGACAUGUUAUGCAACCGACACCGACAACUGAGGCGUGAGCAAUUGUUACACAGCAGCGAUAUGUGUCAGGCAGGAGGUGAUGGUGAAGUAGAAGAGAACCCGAGAGAAGGUCAACCGUCAAUAGUAAUGCCAGCUUGGAUGGUUCAACACCCGACGAAUAAGUAAAACACUUAUAUAAUGAGUUUUGUUGUUGGUAAUGUGAUAUAUGGUAUGCAGUAACUAUAAACAAUGCCCCUAUGUUUAUGGGUUGUAAGAUGAUAAAAGUUUGUCAAGUUCGAAUUUAGCUUUCAUUGCCUUUA